AUGACGUCGAAUCAAUCAAUAAGUACUACUGAACUACUACAGUUUUUAACAGAUAUAGAAACCAAUAUCGACGAUCAUGAAACCGAUUUUAGAAAAUUGCUACUCUAUUUACUACGAUUCACUAAUGAAAAAUUAAUUGUCAUUGCACAAGAAGAAAACAAAACGCCAACUGAACUACAGUUAUUGUCCAAAUUAAUCGACACCAUUGAGUUGGUGCUAUCAAAGAAAACACCCUUACUUUCAACUUUAUUAACUAUUGAAGACGUCAAUAUAAUUCAUACUACAGGUUCGGGAUCAUUAGUGUAUGAGGUCCCCUUACAUGAAUGGUGUAUAUCCUUUGCCUUACUGCAUAUUCCUAAUUUUGUUUCCCAUACUGCUGGAUUAAAUCAACUAAAACGACUAGUUUUCCUUAUUGUGAACUUGGUUAGUACUCAAUUGCAUAGUUUUAAAGUCAUUAAAAGCACUAGAAUACACCUAUUAAAAACACUUGAUGAUAAUUUAAAUUUUUGUUUACAAAAUUUGCUAUCAGCCAACACUUUCUUAUUCAAAUCUAAACUAACAACAGCAGUUAAUUUAUUUUCAAUUGUUCAUGAUUAUGAUAUAUCGCAAAAACUAUCGUUAAAUCUAAAUAAUUAUCAAUUAAAAUUUGAGAGUUGUAGUAGGAAAAUUUGGUUUAUUCUUAAUGAAAUAAGUUUGGUUUCAGAACUUGACAAUUUGAACCUUUUAGAUUGUCUAAAAUCGGUUUUCAUUUUAGAUCAGUCUAGUGCUCUAGUAUUAAAUGUACUGGUUGGCUGGAAUCAAAUUGGAUUUUUGUUAAGUUGCAUAGUUGAAUAUUUGCAACAAGAUUUCAGAACCCUCGAUUCAAAUACGAAUAAUUUUGAAUUUGUGAAUUUGAAUCGAUCAAUCAGUUUAAGUUUGCUAAACGUAUAUAUUGUUUGUUUUGACAAAGAUUUGUUGGAAAAUUUUAUGUCAUUUUCAAAUAUCAAGGGGAUACUUUCCAAGUUGAUCUAUGAUGACAGUAUACCGUCUGUUAUUCGUAAGACGUUGAACAUAGUCCAGUAUACAUACCAAUUAAUGAGUAACCCAGAUGGAGAUGAUAUCAAGCUUUACUCCACAUCGGUAUACAAUGAUUAUGUCUGGACACCCUUUGUUGAUUCAGAAUUAGAGUCACUUCGUGCUCGUCUACUAGACUUACAAGGUAAUCAUGAAGAUUCCAGAAAGGAAGAACUACUUUCAUUUAGUAUAGAUGAAACCCACAAAUUGGCUAAACUGACAAAUUCAUUAAACUAUACAGAUGAAAAAGCAUGGAUCCGUACAGUGAAAAAGUUGAUUGGCAUCGACAAAAAUGUUUUAGAAGAUGAGACUACGUUGUACACUCUUGUCACAGCACUCAGCCAUUAUCCAUGUAUCUUAAAGGGUGAUUAUGAUUAUACAAUAAAUGAAUGCACAAAAUGUGGGUUUGGUCCUUUAACCAAGAACAAUUAUAGCAGUAUUGAUCCAAACAGAUUUCCAUUGAAUUAUAGUACAGAAGCUACAACUCUUCAAGAUAUUAUACAACAGUUUUUGAUUCCUAAAUUGGAGACACAGCAAGACCCAUUAUUAUGUUGUAACACCCUUCUUUUAAUAUUUAAUUUUUAUGCCAGUUUCCUGCCCAUGGCUGACAUGCAAGAUCAUAAUAUUCUCGAUUUCUUACUUCGGUUGUUAGCCACUAACGAUAAUCGUGAUGUUCGAAUGCUAGUUGCACGUAUACUACCACUAUAUUUAAUUCAACUGAAAGAUGACAAGUUGCUCGAUGAAACAUUCAAGUAUAUUUUCCAAAAAGUGACAUCUAUUGAUUUUUCUUCACAACAUCGGUUACAUUUUGGUGAAUCAACAAUUCGAGCUGUUGUUGAGUUAGCAACAGUUUCUACAGGAGAAAGAUUGUGUGCCAUCUAUUUCAAAUUAGUUGAUUGGUUGGGUGAGCAGAAUGAACAACACCUGAACUAUGUUUAUUGUGGUAUAUUGAACCUUGCGUCGGCUAAAUCAUUGCCACCUCAUAAAUUGCUAUCACCAUAUUUACCGAGUGUUGCAGAAAUCAUUAUUAAAAAACCACAAGUAUUUGAAAGGAUUAUCAAAGUGCUGAUGGUUACUAAAAAUUAUUUUUUGAACAGAACCAAAGAAUAUACUGUGCCAAGAAUCUUGGAGUAUUACAAAGAUCCAACUUUGCUCACUCAAAUAGCAAAUGCUGCCGGACUAGAAGUGGGAAAGUUGCUUGCCAAUUGUUUACCAAGAAUAUUGGCAACCUAUUUGACAAAAGAGUCAGUAAAUGAAAGAUACAUUAUGAAAGUGCUAAGCAGUGUGUGCCCAGACUAUAAAAUGAUUCACACCGAAGAAUUAUUCACUAGAAUUGGGGAUAUCACAUGGUAUAUCCUAUUGGAAAUACAAAUGGAUGAAUUUGGCAAUAUUCGAAAUCUUGCCAACAUCACAAGAGCCUUGGAAUGUGUUUGCAAAAAUGUCUCUCUACGGAAAAAUGGAUCUGAACUCACUAAAAACAACAGCAUAAAUGAUUUGAUUGAAGAUCAAGUUUUGUUACUAGUUCAAAAGUUUAGUGAUGUAACACAUUCAUCUAGAGGGGCCAAGCCAUAUCUAGAGUUGAAGAAUUCCUUCUAUGCUAUUGAGUUUUUGAUAAAGGGGCAUAUUGAUGCAAUUACCUCAGCUUUGGGACAGUUGUCAACUUGUUUACAAGCCACUUUAGAGGAGCCUAAUUUCCAUGUAUUAUCUUUACGAUGCUGGAACGAGUUGAUAAAAAAAGUGCCACCAUCCCAUUUGAUAUCAUUGAUUGAUAUAAUCAUUUCGAUAAUUUUACAAAAAUUCGAAAGUUUUGGAUCUGAGGCUAAAAGUAUUGCAAUUGAAAUUUUAAGAAAAAUCUAUGAAGAAAUAAAAGACAAAUACAAUCGGUAUUCUUUGUACUUUUUAUCAUUACCGUUUCUCUCUUACAUGGAAGAUUAUCAAAUGGUCAAAGAGUUUCGAAAUAUGAAAUCCCCAUCACGCGCUAUGAUUUUUCUGGAAUUCACAAGACGGUUGCAAACAUCCAACAUGUAUGUUGUCAAACAUGCUUUAUUUGAUUUGUCAAACUAUUUUGAGAAAUACCAAAUCAACUGCCAAAAAGAUCUUUUCAAAGAUCCCGGUUUAACACCGGCAAUAACAAGUUUGGUCCGAACUAUUUUAGACACAGCAGCAAAAUUUAAAAAUAAAGACACAACUGUUUCCACUGCAUGUGCCAAAGCUUUGGCAAUUAUUGGAGCUUUAGAUUCAAACAAGUUCCAAUUCAAAACUGUGAAGCUGCUAAUUAUAAUCUCACUGGAUUUUGAGGACAUUGAAGAAAAUUCGACAUUUUUGGUAGACUUGAUUGAAAAUCAUUUACUUAAAAUUUUCUGGGCUUCUAAUGAUCCCCACAAACAAUUAUUUGCUGCCUAUGUAAUGCAGAGUUUCUUAGCUGUUAUGGGACUUGAUGAACGUGUUUUGAACACUAAAGAUAAUCGAGUUUGGAACAAGUUUACGGACGUGGCAAAAUCAACAUUGACUCCGUUUCUAAAAUCCAAGUAUGCUGCUCCUAAACCUAAAUUAGACAACCUCAAAUUCCCCUUUUUCAAAUUAGGUAUGAAAUAUGAAACAUGGUUGGUAGAUGUCACAUUGUUUUUAUUAAAGCGGGCCAGUAUUGAUAAUGGUAAAGGUAAUCAGAAAGCAAAGACCAGAAAAUUAAUAUUUCAAAGCUAUGCGGUUUUGAUUCAAAGGGAACAUGAUAUUCCAUUAUGUGAACAUUUGUUAAGAUACGUUGCUCUUAGUCAUGUUAUAAAUGAGGGUGUCCCUGAAGACCUACACAAGGAAUUCUUGCAUAUAUUGAAAAUGGAUUCUAAGUCUACUUCUCCCGAUCGUGCUGAACAAUUGAAACUAUGUUAUCAAACUAUUUUUUCUGUUUUGGAUUAUUUCAAUCAAUGGGUCUCCAAUAUGCGUGUUGUCACGAGUAAUUCUGGGUCAGAAUUGACUUCAAGUGAUAUACGCCAUAAAAUGGAUGCAGUUGCUAAAUUUAGUCUGUUCCCACAGGAUCUACUUACUACUAGAUCAGCUGAAUGUGACGCAUAUGAAAGAACAAUCAUGUAUUUGGAGAAUUGCUAUCGUGACAGCCAAUCAGAAAAGUCUUUCAAAUUAUCAAACUUGAAUGGUGCGGCAACAUUACAGGACAUGUAUGCCCAUAUCGAUGACUAUGAUGCAUUAAACGGUACUUUGAAGAUGUUCUCGACAAAUAACUUGAACGAAAAAUUAACUACUUUCCAAUACAGCGAUAGUUGGAGUUUGGCACAUGAAUCAUUUGAAGCUUUGGGUUCAACAAAGAAUAGUGUAUCUAACAAUACAAAAUUGUUGCAAUCUUUGAAUGAGCAUGGCUUAUAUAAUGAGGUAUUGUCGACAUUGUCUGCCAGGACAGAUUCCAAUGAUUUAAAAUCCAUUCCAUUGGAUUGGUCAUUGAUGGGACUACAUGCAGCUGUAUACAAAGGUGAUUCUAAACAACUUGAAAAAUGGUUACAGGUGAUAAAUUCUAUUGGCAAACCACACGAUAUGGAAACAAUGAUAAAUUAUGAAUUAGCCAAAGCUUUGAGUUUUUUAUUUCAAUCUAGAAUAGAUAUGUUCAAGGGAUCCAUGGACAAGUUGUAUAAUAUAAUUGGAUGUUCUUUAGUUCCUUCAGUGUCAUCAAAUUUCACCAGAAACAUCACUUUGAUGAAUCAAUUGCAUGCAAUAUAUGAUGUAAGUUUAAUUGUUUUAUCUAAAGAUUCUGAAGACACUUUGGAUCUACGUAUUGGUAAUGUUGACCAAGAUUUUGAUACUCAACGAAAUAUUCUAACGUUGCACAAUGUUGCCAACACUGUUAUGAAGAAUCCGGCCAUGAUAUCGAAAAAUCUUUUACGAGAGUCUUCGUUGGCAAGAAAAUAUAAUCGGUUGGAUAUUUCUACUAGGUCUAUAGUGCAAGCAAUGUCUUUGGAAGACGACCAGGCAAAUAUAGAAUUUGCGGAAUUGCAAUGGGCACAGGGGAAACAAUCAGAAGCAAUAAAGUGUUUGUUUGAUAUUCUAAAAGAUAACAAGUUUCAUGAUGAUAAGAGUAAAGCAAAAGUACAACUCCAAUAUGCAAACUGGUUAGAUGAAUCAAAUCAUUUGUCAGCUCACCAAAUUAUAACAGAGUACAACAAGGCAUUUCAUUUGAAUAUGGUGGAUGAGAAAUGUAAUUUUGAUAUCGGGAAGUAUUAUAAUAAAUUGAUGGAAUCUUCUAAUGACGAAUCCGGGGAAUACGAACAUUUAACGGUAAGGAAUUAUAUUAGAGCUGUAUCUGUGGGCACUACUUAUAUAUUUGAAGCCUUGCCCAAAGUAUUGACGAUUUGGCUAGAUUUUGCUGAUAAACUGAACAAACUGAACGCUGCUGAAAAUAGAUUGAAACAAAUUAUUGACGAUCUUUAUAAUGCUAUUGCAAAUGUACCCAAUUAUUCGUGGUAUACCGUAUUGACACAAAUAUUAUCAAGAAUCGUGCACGAACAUGAACCUUCAUUUAAGGUAUUAAAAAGAAUUGUCCAGAAUGUCACGCUAGAAUAUCCCAAGCAUUGUGUGUGGUACAUAUUCUCUCAUGCACGGUCUUCUGAUAAGGUAAGAAAGCGGAGGGUCCGAGAAUUACUUAAUCAAGUGUGUACACAAGAUGGCAACGAUACUCUUCCCAAGUCAACCAUGGCCGCUGGAAACUUGUUUGCCAAACUAAUCAAAAUUGCUGAAUUGAAAAUACCCAAGACCAAUAGAAAACGACAAAUGUCACUUCUACAAGAUUUUGAAGUGGAUUUGAGUGAACCAAUUGAUGAUUUGGUGAUACCUAUUCAAUCUAAUUUACAGAUUCAGAUACCUAGUCACUUAAAUUCCAAGCACAAGGGGUUUUCACGUUCUUCUUCAAUUUCAUUCGAUGGGUUUGAUGAUAAUGUGAAUAUUUUCUUUUCGUUACAAAUGCCUCGACAAUUGACUGUUCGAGGUUCCGAUGGUAAUGCUUAUAGAUUAAUGGUUAAAAGUGAUGAUACAAGAAAAGAUGCCAAAGUAGUUGAAUUUACCACCAUGGUAAAUAGAAUAUUAUCCACCAGUACAGAGGCAAGAAAACGAGGAUUACAGAUUGCUAAUUAUUCUGUUGUACCACUUUCUGAUCAUUUUGGUAUUAUUGAAUUUGUUAUGAAUGUGCAAACUAUGAAAGGGGUGAUAUCUGAACAAAGGAAACGUCAAGGUAUUCCAAUCAAUGAAAGGAAAGUUUUCAUGCAUAUUGAUUCUUUGCAAAAGGCCAAAAAGAAAGAUAGUAAGCAAUUGGAUAAAUUAGUAGCAGGUUUCCGAGCAAUAAUGGAUCGAUGUCCGCCUGUUUUACAUACUUGGUUUGUUGAACAAUUUUCUGAUCCUAGUGCCUGGUAUAUGGCAAGAAAUGCAUUUACUCGGUCAAGUGCUGUUAUGUCGAUGGUUGGAUAUAUUAUGGGAUUAGGAGAUCGACAUUGUGAAAAUAUUUUGAUUUUCAAAAAUACUGGUGCUGUAUUGCAUAUUGAUUUUGAUUGCUUGUUUGAAAAAGGUACCACUUUACCAACACCAGAAAUUGUACCAUUUAGAUUGACACAAAAUAUGGUUGAUGCCAUGGGGAUCACUGGAGUUGAUGGGAUUUAUCGAAUAACAUGUGAAGUAACAGGGACAUUAUUACGAGAGAAUGAACAAAUUUUGAUGAACAUUUUGGAAACAUUAAUCUAUGAUCCGUUAAUUGAUUGGAGAAAUCACAAUCCACGUGAAGAUUUAUCGAAAGUGCGUAAAAAAAUUAGAGGAUUAAUUAAUGAAGAUGAAGGGUUACCGAUGAAUAUUCAUGGUCAAGUAGAUGUGUUGAUUCAAGAAGCUACAUCAUUAGAGAGAUUAUCACAAAUGUAUGCAGGUUGGGCAGCUUAUAUGUAG